CUACGUUUAGUAAACCUGUAGCGGUUCAAUAGAACGUCAAUACUUUGCUUGAUUCAGACGAACUUUUUCGUUGUUUUCAAAUACUUCAGUUGAUUUUCCCGUGAAAAUGUCGCUACGUUUUGGUGCAAAUUUGAAUUUCCUCUUUCGUGAAAGUGGUGCCAAUGUGUUGGAACAAUUCCGUUUGGCCAGAGCAUCUGGUUUUCGUGGCAUUGAAAUGGUUUGCCCCGAACAAAUCAGCAAAGAAGAUGUAGUUUCUGCACAGAAAGAAAAUGAAAUUGAAGUGGUUCUUCUCAAUGUCAGCCUAGGUACAAAACCCGAGGCAGCCUUUGGUUGUGCGGCAUUACCGAAUAUGGAGAAUGAAUUUCGGGCCAAUUUUCAACGAACUUUGGAAUAUGCAAAGGCUUUGAAUUGCAAAAAAAUCCAUAUCAUGGCUGGUAAACCUGCCGACUUUGAUGCAGCUGAUGAAACUUACUUGAGAAAUUUGCAGUUCGCAGCUGAGCAAUUGGAAUCGACAGGUAUCAUAGGUGUAAUUGAGCCGAUCAAUAAUUAUAGUAUUCCCGGAUACUAUUUGAACUGCUACGAUAAAGCACUUAAUAUUUUGAAAAAAUUGAAUAACACCAAUAGCAUCAAGUUAAUGAUUGAUCUGUUUCACCUACAACUCAUCCGAGGCAACAUAACGAACACAUUGAAUGAAUUGAAGUCACACAUUGGACAUGUUCAAGUUGCACAGGCACCACAACGAAAUGAACCGAAUGCCGCAGGCGAAGUGAACUUCAAAUAUGUGUUUAAGGUGUUAGAAACUGUUGGCUAUAAUGGUUGGGUUGGGUGCGAAUAUAAACCAACAAACAAUUCGAAAGACAAUUUGGAGUGGAUCAAGGAGUAUGGAUACACGUUCUGAAGGAGAAAACACAAAUAUAUGCAGCCACCGGCCGAAUGGUAAUUAUGCAGGACCAACAUCCAAACAUGCUGAAACACGCAUUCCUGUCGGUGUUUUUUUCCAGGCCAAAAUGUUCAUAUUUUUUGUCAUGAUUUUUAACGAAGAUUAUGAAUAAAUUAGUUGUUAAUAAAC